AUGGAUGUAAUUGUAUUAAGUAGCACCGUUUAUCAGCGGAGGUGUAUCGGAUACACACUCCCUAAUACAGAGACCGUUGUUCUCUUUAGGCGAGGAGCUGUGAGACCUCUGGAUGUACUACUAGAAGCACCACAGCAGGAAAUCAAAAAUGUCAUUUCAGAAGAAGAGGUCAUCCGAUGGAGUGACUUUUUCCUUGAAGAUCAAACUUCUUUUGUAGUAUUUGUUGCAGAAAAGUCUAGUGCGCAUCUCGUUUAUGUUCAGAAUCUGAACUCCCACAGCAUGUGCACUUAUAAAAUUGAAUGCAGAGGAGUGGAAGAUGGUCUGCAUAACUUCACAGCGUCACUAAGGGAUAAGAUGAUCUGUCUUACCACCUUGUCUUCUUCAGGAUGUAUUUUUGACAUCCUCAUCCCAGUUAAUCAGAAAGUUCCAGAUAAUCAGUGUUUGCCAAAGUCACUGGUAAUGAAGUUUCCAAAAUCUGAUAACUCAGUUGUAGUGACAGCAGUGAAGGUGCUGAAUGAAGCUCAUGUAGUAGUUCUGAGCACGCCACAGACCCAGCAUAGUACUGCAAAAGGUUAUUUGCAUAUCUGGAAUGUGAAGUUUCAAACCCUUCAGUCUUCCAAGGAGUUGCUUGGAGGAAACUCUGGGCAGCUUUGGUGUUAUGCAGACAAGCUGUAUGUGCCUCACAGGAAGACGCUGACUGUAAUCCCCUAUCGGUCUGAGCCAUCUUCACUGGCAGUAGUCCUUGGGAAACAGAAACAGGCCAAACCCACGGAAGGAAGUCCUGCCUUUUCUGCUGUGGACUGGAAUGUUAUGUUAUACGGCCACCAAGAUCCAGACCAGAUGCACCCAGCUACUGCUGAACCAGAGCCAAGGAGGAGUGUCAGAAGGAUGAAAAGCCCAUCACCUAAGCACCAUCUCGAAACUAACACAGACCAGUUAUUGCAGCUUGUUAAAACUGCUACUCAUGAUUCCAUUGAAGAAGAACUACGACAGUUUCUGUCCUGCAUCCAUGUACCUGACGGUCAGCUUAUUUUAACUCUUGUUACUACAGAACUCUUGAACAGGUGCAAGAGUGCUUCAGAUUUCUACCCUCAGAGUUCCCUUGUACAGCUUGUACAGACACAUGGUCUAUCUCAUAGUCUUUGUCCAGAAUUACUUUCUUUUGCCUUGGAGAAGAGAGAUUACUGUUUGCUGCAGCUUUGUCUUCAGCAUUUUCCAGACAUCCCUGAAGCAGUAACCUGUGCAUGUUUGAAGGCUUUUCUGAGUGUAACAGAUGCCAUCUUGGAGGAUGCAAAUGUGGAUCAAGGAAGUGUUGCUUCUUUCAUUGACCCUGCUGAGAUAUCCCCUGAUGUAGGAAAAAGAUCCAUUGUUUUGCAGAAUGGCUUUGUUCCUACUGUAUUGGAUGAGGAUAGCAUGGAUAUCCAACUGACAUCUCGGAAGCUGGUCAAUAUAGGUGAAAGUGUUCCAUCUUGCCCUGUUGGACUGAAAAAGGCAGCCUUAUUAAAUGAAAUACUUCAUUCAUCAUACAGUGAAGUAUUUAUCUUACCUUAUCUAAAGGACAUUUCUGCGCAUCAGAUUGUGUUGUUCCUCCAGUACUUACACUAUCUGUUUGAAAAGUGUACUGCAUCUAUGAAUACAGAACUUCCUGGAAAGCAUUCUCCAACUGUUAAUCAGAUACUCGAUUGGAUAUCCCUUUUACUAGAUGCUCACUUUAUGGUCCUGGUUAUGUUACCUGAAGUGAAAUGGUUACUUGCCACUCUUUACAAGUCUGUUGGUUUCCAGGUUAAACUUUGUUCUGAACUUGGCAAGAUGGAAGGAACAUUGAAAGAAUUUUACAAAAAUAGGCAGAAAAACAAAGACACUGGGUUGUAUUCCAUUGAAGUCAUAGAACUUUUUUAAAGAACUCUAGAAAAUAUUUUAAUGUUAUUUCCUUGCACAAAGUGUUUUUUUACUUUUUCUUUCUUUCACAAAGUGAAGGGACAGUCAUGCAUCAACUGAAUCUCCUAAGGAUUGCUGGGGUGGCUCCUUUUGAAAUGUAUUGGUGUUAAAGAAACCAAGGAACUCCCAUCAUGCAGUUGUCCAGAAGACUUGGUUCUCAGUUACUUUUAUAUAUUUUUUUUGCAAUAUUUGAGUUCUCUUGCUAUUUGGCAGUCAAAAAUAUGUGACACUUCUGGAGAACAUGAUGCAAGUCAAUACUGAGUUAUUAAAUAAAGGUUGAAUCCUAAUGCCUCUA